UUUGUUUGUGUGUUGAUUUGCGGUUUUUUUUUUUUUGGCUACGUUACACAGACGAGAUGAAGAGUCGGAUUGGUGUAUCAUGGGGAUAAACAAUGGGAUCAGCCUGCCGCGGAGGGUCGCCCGUCUGGUCAUCUUCAGCGGCAUUCUGCUUGCCGCCUUCACCAUCUACUACCUGUCCUCGGGCACUUCCCUGGGCCUGUCGCCAACCAAGCCCGCAGAGCCCGUCUUCAUUGCGAGCAAAUUCGACUGGACAACCGUCAAGCAGCAUCACGGCGUCGACGACAUCAAGCCGCUGCCCACGGGCAAGCCCAAUGCGCUCCCGCGAAUCCAGGCCGGCGCCAGCGCCUUCAAGCACCGGGCGAUCAACGAGAAGCGCCGCACGACUGUGCGCGACGUCUUCCAGCGCAGCUACAGUGCCUACAAGAAGCUCGCAUGGAUGAGAGACGAGCUCACGCCGGUGUCUGGAUCGGCCAAGGACCCGUUUGGCGGCUGGGCCGCGACGCUGGUGGACGCCUUGGACACGAUGUGGAUUAUGGGCUUCAAGGACGAGUUUGCCGAGGCUGCCGCCGCCGUGGGCGCCCUGGACUGGUCGGUGACGGACUCGACGGCGGCAAACAUGUUUGAGACGACGAUCCGCCACCUGGGAGGGCUGCUAAGCGCCUACGACCUCAGCGGCGAGCGGGUGCUGCUGCACAAGGCGGUUGAGCUGGGCGAGAUGCUGUACAUGGGAUUCGACACGCCCAACCGAAUGCCCGGCUUCUGGCUCGACUUUGAAAAGGCCAAAAAGGGCAAGCUGAUUGCCGGCACAAACGACCCGUCGGCGUCGCCAGCCUCGCUGAGCAUGGAGUUUACGAGGCUGUCGCAGCUGACGGGCGACAGCAAGUUCUACGAUGCGGCGGAUCGCGUGACUCGCUUUCUGGAGAGGACGCAGAACGACACGAAGCUGCCGGGCAUGUGGCCGGUGACGAUCAACUUCCAGUCGCAGACGGUUGGCGACAGCAGCUUCACCCUCGGCGCGCUGGCGGAUUCGCUGUACGAGUAUCUGCCCAAGAUGCACGCGCUGCUGGGAGGCGUGGACGAGUCCUACGAGAAGAUGUACCGCGGGGCCAUGGACGCGGCGGUGCAGAACCUCUUAUUCAGGCCCAUGGUGCCGGACCUCGACGACAUUCUCUUCAGCGGCGAGUUUCGAGCCGGCAGGGCCAACGGCGGCCUCGACACCGACAGCCAGCACCUCACGUGCUUCGUUGGGGGCAUGUUCGCCGUCGGCGGCAGGCUUUUCGAAAUUGACGAGCACGUCAGCAUCGGCGAGCGCCUGGCGCGCGGGUGCGGCUGGGCGUACGGCCAGUUCCCGACGGGCAUCAUGCCCGAGAUCUUUGGCAUGGUGCCGUGCAAGUCGCUGGACUCGUGCGAGUGGGACGAGGAGCGCUGGGAGAAGCUGGGGAGCAAAACCUUGCCCAAGGGGUUCACGCACGCGCGGGACAAGCGCUACAUUCUACGGCCGGAGGCGAUUGAGAGCUUGUUUGUGCUGUACCGCGUGACGGGCAAGACGGACUUGCAGGACAUUGCGUGGAGCAUGUUUGAGUCGAUAAUGAAGGCGACGUAUACGGAUCUCGCGAAUUCGGCGAUUGAGGAUGUUACUGUUUUGGGGCCGACGAAGAAGCUUGAUUCGAUGGAGAGUUUCUGGUUGGCCGAGACGCUCAAGUACUUUUAUCUCAUCUUCUCGGAGCCGGAUGUGAUUAGUUUGGAUGAGUAUGUGUUGAAUACGGAGGCGCAUCCUUUGAAAAGGCCGGGGGUAGGGUUGCGAUGA